AUGGUACAGGCCUUCUCGCUUCUGGCAGUGGGAACGUCACUAAUUGGCACUCUCUUGAGCUUCUCCGAGUUUUUCAAGGAGCAACUUAUCAAUCUGUCAUGGCGUUCUUCCUCGUCACAAAUAGUAGAGCAGAAACCAAACAAAUUCUUUGAGCUAAGAAAAUGGUGGGGAAGAAAUAAAAUCAACAUCACAGCGACAGCGAUGGUCAUCGCUCCAUCUCUCUUUGUGUCUACUACAGUUUCAGACUCGUUUUCUGCUGCCACGGAAUUCGCUGGCGGUUACUGUAUGACAUUGCUAUAUGGGGUUCUUCCACCAGCAAUGGCAUGGGCUAUGCAUAGCAGAGAAUCUGAUGAAACUGAUCAGAAUACAAUAUCAAGAGCAAAGCCUGCACUUCUUGGGGUGGGACUAUUCGCUUGUGGGAUAGUGGUGCAACAAAUUCUGCAAGAUCUCAUAACGUUGCAUUAAAAAGUGCACAAAACUCUUACUACUACUGUACUUGACGAAAAUCAAACACAGUUUGUCACAUGUAUAGAAAGAUAUCAUUUUCGUGAUUUGAACUAUGAUAACACUGCACUAAAACCCAUACUCAUGUUGCAUUAUGGAAGACAUUAAGCAAG